UAAAACCACCACCAGCUUGCCGGGUGUGACUGGUUCAAAAAAAAUCAGCAGAGCGACGAAAGAACCUCAGUUUUCCUUCUAAAAAGUUUUAGUUUUUGUAAAAAAAAAAAACACUUCCACACCAAAGAUGCCGAGCAGCGGCUCCCCGGCUGGUUCUGACAGGAUGUUCUGCAGGCUGGUGGACGAGGAGGACCAGUUGGACCACAGUCCAGAUGUGCAGUUAAACGCCCACCCACUGACACUCCUGAUGACCAGGGGGCCGGUACGGUACCGCAUCGCCACCAUCUGCCUGACCACAAUGUGCGGCAUUCUGCUGAUCUCCAUCAUCGCCAUCAGCGCACACUACAAGGGCAAGGCUGCUGGUGGCGCGGCGGCACAGGACGUGGACGCAAUGAGCGCCACCAUCAGCAAGCUGCAGCAGGAGAAGGCGGAGCUGCAGAGCGAACUGGCCGCCAGGGCCGCCGCAACAGGUGGAGGGCGCCACACGGGGCUAGCUGACGUGGAGGUCAAAGAAUCAGGUCCGAAAACAGUGGCGCCCACGAUGCGGGUGGCGCCGACUCCUAUCCUGUGUCCGAUGGAGUGGUUCCUCUUCAACGGCAGCUGCUACUACAUCUCGCGGGUGUCCAGGGACUGGCCGGAGAGCAAGUCCUACUGCGAGAGCAAAGGAGCUCACCUGGCCAUCGUCAUCACGGCUGAGGAGCAGACCUUCCUGUGGGAUCAACUUCCCAGAGGCCACUGGAACGCGUUCUGGAUCGGGAUCACCGACGGCCACACGGAGGACAAGUGGAUCUGGGUCGACGGGACGCCGCUGAUAACUGGCUUCUGGGAGGAGGGCGAGCCCAACAACCACAUCGACGAGGACUGCGGCUACAUCGUGAAGACCCAAGUCCUGGAGCGCGUGGCGGUUCGAAGCUGGUACGACGCCCCUUGCGACAUGUACCGCCGCUUCAUCUGCGAGAAGGAGAUGGGUGGCGCUCGCAGUACCGCCCUUCCUCACUGAAG